ACAACCGCCACCCCACCCCGCCUGUCACGCCCCUUUCCCUCUGGGGCUACUCCGCUGUAGUGUGUGAUCCCAGAGAUGGUCCAAAGUGAUUCCUCUGGGAAGAAAGAGCGCAAAUCAUCUCUCCCAAGCGCGAGAAGCGGAGCUCGGGACAGCCUCAUCUGUGUGAUUAGCGCGUCAUUCAUCUGAAUAGAGAAAUACUUGGUGAAUAAAGAAAGGCGAACAUUUUUCAACAACUAAAUUCUCACGGAGGACUGGAAAACUGACGUUUAGAUUUUUCUUUCUUUUCUUUUGGUGAACCAAGCGCUCCUUGAUUCUGAGGGUUGUCGCUGACUGCGCUUCUGUCAUCCCACCGCGUGGUUCAUGUUCAGUGGUGUGUUUGUGUAUUUGUUUUCUCUCUCUGUUCCUCUCUCCGUGAAUAGUUGACACACGGUGCACAUAACCCUGAAUGUUGACAGCUCCCCUUUCCUCCUACAAGUCGGAUCUUUUGUAUACUAACAGAGGAAACCAAACAAGAAGUGAGCGAGACCGCGCCACUUGCUCCGCGCAACAUCGAUUCUCACUCUCUGACAACGCGUUCAAUAGGAAGGGAGGCAGAAAUAAACUGCGAUCUAAGGAGGGAGAGAGAGUGUGGGAUAGAGAGAAAGAGAGAGAGGGAGAGAGAGAGAGAGAAACGAGUGAAGGGGAGGAGGAGAAGUGUGUUUUGAUGUUUGGGAUUCAGGAGAGUAUCCAGAGAAGCGGUAGUAGCAUGAAAGAAGAGCCGAUGGUGGCCGGGAUGAAUACAGUGCGAACUUGGAUGCAGGGGGCCGGGGUGCUGGACGCCAACACAGCUGCCCAGAGCGGAGUUGGUCUCGCCCGGGCUCACUUCGAGAAACAGCCGCCCUCCAAUCUUCGGAAGUCCAACUUCUUCCACUUUGUUUUGGCUCUAUACGACAGACAGGGACAACCGGUAGAAAUAGAGAGAACAACGUUCAUCGGAUUUGUAGAAAAGGAGAAGGAAACGACUGGGGAAAAGACCAACAAUGGGAUCCAUUAUAGACUGCAGCUCCUCUACAGUAACGGAAUCAGGACAGAACAGGAUUUUUAUGUGCGUCUAAUCGACUCCAUGACCAAACAGGCUAUUAUCUACGAGGGUCAGGACAAGAAUCCGGAGAUGUGUCGGGUUCUGCUGACCCAUGAGAUUAUGUGCAGCCCAAACCCCGACCCCAGCCCCAGCCCCAGCCCCAACCCCGACCCCAGCCCAAACCCCGACCCCAGCCCCAGCCCCAACCCCGACCCCAGCCCAAACCCCGACCCCAGCCCCAGCCCCAACCCCGACACCAGCCCCAUCCCCAAGCCCGGCCAUCACCUCAUCCUGAUUGCACAUGAGAGCGAAGAGCUUUAUAAAGAGCUCAGCCAGGCCAACGCUGGGGUGACAGUCAGCUACUAA